CUCUCGCAGCCGGUUCGUGUCACCCUAUCUCACGCGUCUCCCAUCGGAGGAGUCGCCGCCACCACCCGGAGAGAAGUCGGAGACACCUCAAGUGCGUCGUCACCGCCAUGCCUAAGAAUAAAGGUAAAGGAGGUAAAAACAGACGCAGAGGCAAAAAUGAGAAUGAAUCUGAAAAGAGAGAGCUGGUGUUCAAAGAAGAUGGGCAAGAGUAUGCCCAAGUGAUCAAAAUGUUGGGAAAUGGACGAUUGGAAGCGAUGUGCUUCGAUGGUGUUAAGAGAUUGUGCCACAUCAGAGGGAAACUGAGAAAGAAGGAUAAUAAAGCUGAUGUAAUCUUAAAAUACAAUGCAGAUGAGGCUAGAAGCCUGAAAGCAUAUGGUGAGCUUCCAGAACAUGCUAAAAUCAAUGAAACUGAUACAUUUGGUCCUGGAGAUGAUGAUGAAAUCCAGUUUGAUGACAUCGGAGAUGAUGAUGAAGACAUUGAUGAUAUCUAAAGCAAACUCAGCCUUGCACAUUCCAGUUUUCUCUGAAGAUUGUUCAACAGUUUGAAUGUUUAACUGUGACUCAUUAAAAUAAAAGUUUCAUU